AUGAGAUACACGUCAUUGCUUAACCAUGGAGAUACGACCAAUCCAUCAAAACUACUACUACAGAUCGUCAUUCUACAGUGUUUCUACUACCUUUCUGCCCUAGUCAUAUUCUACCUCGUGGCGUCGCUCAAUGGCUACGACUUUAAAAUCGAUUGGGUGUUCCUGUGGGAAUUGGUCGAACCCGACAACGCCAUGGGUUUGACAUUGUUUAUGAUGUGGCUCUUUGAUGCGCUAUUGUGUGUGUUGUUUGUCACCGUCAUUGUGGGCCGAUCAAAGUUGGCAUGGGACUUUGCCGUCACCGUAUACAUAAUCAACCUUAUUGUGGUGUGGACAUACACAGGAAAAUUCCCUUCCAGCAUCUUAUGGUGGUGUCUCCAGGUGCUAAGUGCUGUCCUAUUGGUAACCCUAUCCACAUACUCGACACGUUGGAACGAAUUGAGAACUACAUUCUUUGACGGCAUGGUCGAUACCACCCCGAACGAUAUAGAGAUGCAAAAUAUAAGCUAG